AUGGCCCCCCCGACUGCUCCCCAGGACGACUCACACCAAAGACUGCUGGACGAGCUCGACAUCGCCCGCAUUCCAAAGCCCUUUCGCAAUCCCAACUGGAAGCCAUCCGCACGCCGCAACAAGAAUGUCAAGCAGAUCAUUUCCGAGACGUCAAGAAAGGAGGCCUCUGCGGUCGCAAGCCAGACGAACAGCGGCAGCUCCACGCCCUUUGCCAUAGCAGCCAGCUCAGCAGCAGGAACCGGCGCAGGAACGGGGACAGCAGAAGGAGCGCAGACGCCUUUGGUGGCCGGCCACGCGCAGCAGCAGCAGCAACAGGCAAGCUUAAAGCAAGCCAACAUUGCCCAGGCAGCACAGAGCCUUUCAACCCUCGUGCUGGAGAGGAACUUUCGAGCUGUCUUUCCUCCCUCGGGCCCGGCCGUGACCUACACCAACAUCGACGCCGCUCCCUCUCUACACCCCAGUCACCAGAAACGAUACUGCGACCUUACCGGUCUUCCGGCUCCGUACACUGAUCCCAAGACGAGACUACGGUACCACAACAAAGAGGUAUUUGGCGUGAUCAGGUCGUUGGGGCCGGGAGUGGCAGAAAACUACCUGGAGGCCCGAGGUGCCCAUACCGUGCUCAAGUGA